UCUCAGACGGGUCAGUCUGUUUGCGUUCGUCGUGUUGGAUGUGUCGGACGGGAGUUGUCUGUUUGUUUUUAAUAUUCUCGUCCGCGCAUUGUUCGCUACGCCCCGCGAUUCACCGAUUCCUUUUCAGUGAUGCGAGUUGGUUGUGACUUUUAAUUUGAUGACGCAUUUGCUGUGUGUCAACUGUGUCCAAGAAGAAAGCACUGCUGUGAAGUGUAAUGUUGGAGGACGCUACACAAGACCACCACCAACACGAUUUUAGGACCGUGCAUUUUCCUCCUGUAUUGCUUUGAAGGAUCACAUUUGAUGCAUUCAAGCAAUGUUUUGAUAGGUUGCCACUAACCUAUAUUUUAUGAGCUCAUGUACCUACCAUACAUGUAUUUGUGAAACUUUUUAUACAGAGGUUAUUCUGUAGUGACAUUUAACUGCUGUGAAUGAUUGAGCGUGUUAGUGGGUCUCACAGAACUUUCCAUUAAUUAUUGAAUGGAAUUUUUAGAUUGGAGGCAGUCUACUGCCCCAUAUUUUAAGUUUUAGUGUUGUGUGUACAUUUUAAACCUGAAGCCAUGAGUGACAGAGUGCUGCGAUCCAGAGUCCGAAAUGGAUCAGCUUCCAUUUCAUUAUCAGAAGAUCGAGAAAAAGUGAAGUACAGUGUUUUUCCCAAAACGGAUUACACGUACUCACCCCUGUCAAGUUACCAUCGUGAAAUUUCACCCGGGGUGAUGACUUUACCAAAUAUGUCCCGGUCUGGCCUUCACAGCACAAACCAAGUCAAUCACCAUGUGGCGGCCAAGUCACACUUUAACCCAUCAAGACUCAACUAUUCAGACAGUUUUUGCUCUGAUUCUGAUGAGGUGGAUGACUCAAGGUUAGCUUACAACAGAAGACAAGGACAGAAAAGCACUUGGAUGAUAGUGAAAAGUACAGUAUCAUCAUUUAUGAUGAGCAUUUUUACCUUCUUAAUAACAACCACAAAUAGCUUCUACACAUCCUUUAGUCAGAGGAGAAAAGUACCUCCAGCUCAAAGAGCUCAACAUUAUUACUCAUACAUACCCAAGCAAGAAGGACUAUUGUCAAGAAUACAGACACACAUCUACAGAUCAUCCAGUUGGAUCUAUCGAAAUGUAUUCCACGAUGUGUUCAAUGAUGCGUGGUCAACAUCCUCCAGGCAGUCAACAUGGGCAUCCAAAGGAGUGACAAGAAAAUCAAGAUUUCUUCGAUUGCUUCCUCUCCUCCUGCUACUACUAUUACUAGGUUUUAUAGUUUGGUGGUUGUGGGAUGAUUCAUCAUCAGUUCCACCAAAGAUGACUGAGGAGCAAACUAGCAGCUGGAUAUGGAAUGUCCUAACAUUCCCAUUGAGCAUGAUCCAUUCUCUUUUUUCUUCUGUGUUUCAUGGCAUGACAGUUCCAUUCAGUCCUUCAUCAUUUGAGGGUCUCAUUUCUGUUCUUUAUGACAUAGUACUGGCUCCUUGGAACCUUCUUGUUUCUGUUGGUGAAGUGCUUGUGUCCUUUGGAUGGAGUAUUAUUUCAUUAUUCCAAAUGAUAAUGGCGUCUUUUUUAAACUUUAAGAUCAAUUUAUGGGAAAGUCGCUCAGACUAUCAGACAAGUGACAGUGGACUACCAUCUUUUUCUUCAAAUGAAGCCCAAAGUGACUCAAUCAAAGCCCUUAUUAGAGCUGCUUUACAAAACCAAGAAGCUUCAAUUUUGUCAAAAAUGUCUAAAAGUGAAGAGGGCAUCCGAGCAGAAGUUCUGUCUAAAAUAGCCAGAAGUGAGGAUAAGAUUCGGGCAGAAUUGAUAGCUAAACAAGAACAUGGUCAGCAACUGAAUGCUAAGAUUGUCUCCCUACAGAACGAAUUAAGACGAUGGAAACGAAGGUACAUGACAUGCUGCAGAGUGUCGGACCCUGUCAGCGCCGCUACAUUCAAAGAAAAACUUCACGAUGAGUUGAAACAACUUUUUAGUAGUCCUGAAGGUUUGGUUCUGCUCGGUGCUGUAGCUGCACAUCUGACUCCUGUUGACAAAGCACCAGCAAAUAUUGUUCAAUUUAAUGAUACUGAAAUCCGCUUGUGGAUUAGUUCUACUUUCCUUGACAAAGAUGAUUUUGAAAGAAAAAUGGCGAACAUGACAAAGUACUUCAAUGAAGAACUUGAGCGUCGCAGUGCUGAAAUGAUGGGAGCUUCAGUAGAAGAAAUAAAAGCAAGAAUUGCAAAUGAAUCACAAAUGUAUUUGGCUCAAAUGUCAAAGCUUCGAGCUGAAGUGUCCAGUUCAUAUAUGCUCCAUAAUGAUCAUCUUCAGUCAGGGACAAGAUUCUCAGGACAGUCUAUUUCCGGGUGGGAUGAAUCCAGAGUGCGCAUGAUAGUUCAGUCUGCCUUGGCACUUUAUGACGCAGAUAAAACUGGGAUGGCUGAUUAUGCUCUUGAAUCUCAAGGUGGACAGGUUAUCAGCACCCGUUGCACAGAGACCUACCAAGUAAAGUCCCCAACCUUGUCAGUGUUUGGUGUUCCCCUAUGGUACCCCUCCAACAGUCCUCGCACUGUCAUCCAGCCUGGUAUGCACCCUGGUGAAUGCUGGGCCUUUGUUGGAUCACAAGGCUACCUUGUGAUUCAGCUUUCACAUCGAAUCCUAGUCCAAGGGUUCACUUAUGAGCACAUAUCACCAGUACUUCUACCAACAGGCAAAAUGGACUCUGCACCAAAAGAAUUCUCUAUUUACGGAUUGAGGGCAGAAGGAGAUCAUGACCCUAUUCUGCUUGGAAACUACCAUUACCUACAAAAUAGUACUAGCAUGCAAUAUUUCCCAGUUCAGCGUUCUGGUGUGCAGCCUCUUCAGCUGAUUGAAAUACAAGUUAAGUCUAAUCAUGGCAAUAUAAACUACACAUGCAUGUACCGAUUUAGAGUUCAUGGCAAAAUCGCCUAAGCCACUGUUUUGAUUUAAGUUGUCGCUUGUCUGUGACAGGCUAUGCCAUGCAAUGCCGUGCCAUGCCACAGCCAAAUAUGAUAAUAAGAGCUAUAUCAGACUGAAAAGAGAGUCAAACUUUUUUACAAUUUAAUUACUCUUUCCCAAAGAAAUAAAAUUUCUCAGUGGAACGGCUAUGUUUUUUCUUCCUUUAACUGUAUGUUCCUGAAUGUAGUGUAUGAUCUGUAGCUUUUCCACUCAAAGUCAUGAUCUCUUUCUUUAUUUAUUUCAUUCAAUGUCCCAACUUACUUAAUGUGAUUAACAUGAUGUUGGCCUGUUGUACUUUUUGGUUUGUUUGCAACUUUGAUUUGUUCUUCCACCUUUUUCCUUCCUUUAUGGUAAACAUUGAUAGUGUGGUUAAACCAAAGUCAAUAUUUUUGUGCUUUAUAAAAUAUUUAUUUAUAGAAGUAAGAAAUGUUUAUAUGAACUAGUCCUAUUUUAGAAGAUUGUGUAUAGUUGAUUGCUAUGAUUCAGGAGAGUGUUACUCAUUAUUUUGAAAGGACAUAGUAGAGAUGUCCUCGAACUUUAUCAUUAUGAUUUUGACCAAAUGAUCUUGAUCUGAUCUUGAUUUACUGAAGAAAAUGACAGCAAUUUGAGAUGAGUACCUAAUAAGACCGUGACAUUCUUGUUCAUCCUCAAUCAGAUCUCAAGAUUUGAAUAACAUUCUGGUUGUUGACAUGACAGACUCACUUAUGUAAAAAAAAGUGGUCAGGCUGUUAAACCAUUUUUAAUAACUUGUAU